UGUUAUAUUUGACAAUUUUAUGACGCUAAAUACGUAAAUGUGUGAAAUUCAGGAUUAUUCUAUUGAGCAUAAGGAUAUUUAUUUGAAUAAAUAUUCGGCGUGCUUAGACAUGGAUUUAUACAUCACUGACUCACUCCAAGACAUGCUGGACAUGGAUAUAAAAAAUGAGAUAGCAACAGAUCUCAGCAGUAUAACAGAUUUUCCUGACUCACUAGGAUUAAAUUUCUCAGAACUGCCACCAUUAUUAGAUAUGGACACAGACAACUCUGUAACAUGGUUAAACAAUUCUUCCUCAAGCUUUGUACAUAACCUUGAUUUGUAUGGGUCCGAAGCAAAUGCAGUUAUGGUAAAUCCUAAUUCGGUUAUGCCAUCAACGUUUGCGGAAACGCCAGUCAAAAGUAUUGUUAAAGAAGAGGCCUCAAAUCUGUUGCUAACAUCAGCUGCUAACAAUGAUAUUAAUAACAGUACGUCAUUGUCCAGUCCAAAGGAAGAAAAAAGUCAUUUAACUUUCUCACCGAAUGCCAUAAAGGUUUCGAAGGUCCAGGAAUCAGAAGAACCUCCGCCGAAAAAACCUCUAGAGGAAGCCACACAAAUGGUGAUAUACGUUAGAAAGCAAGAUAAAGCUGUAGUGAAAGAUCUGUUAAAGGAUUUAGACACGAGUAAAGUUAAAACCGUUACCACGCCAUCAGUGACACCUACCGUGCGUAUCAAAAGUCAAUCGGAAAUAUUGAAAGUAAAUAAUAAAAACUGCUCCAUAUUAAAUAGUAGUCAAAAAAUAACAAACUCAUUAGGAACUAAAACUAUUAUAUCUGGUAAUAUACACAUACUGGAUGCACAGCAAUCUAGGACAAUUUUAGCUAAUGGUCACAAAAAUCAGGCGACAAUACUGAUCGACAACUCGUCUCUAAAUAAUAGUAGACAUCUAAUAAAAACCUCAGUCAGUAAUGCAUUUACAGUUGAAACUAGCCAAACGAAAUAUGUUAAUAAUUCUAGUAAAACGGUAGCGGGAGAAUUCCCUAAACCAGCAUAUUCGUAUUCAUGUCUUAUUGCAAUGGCACUAAAGAAUUCCAGAACAGGAAGUCUACCAGUUUCGGAGAUUUAUAACUUUAUGUGUCAACACUUCCCGUACUUCAAAACCGCACCCAAUGGAUGGAAGAAUUCCGUCCGACAUAAUUUAAGUCUGAAUAAAUGUUUUGAGAAAAUUGAAAAACCUUCAACAAAUGGAAGUCAAAGAAAAGGAUGUUUAUGGGCUAUGAAUCCAUCAAAAGUGGGCAAAAUGGACGAGGAGGUUCAAAAAUGGUCAAGAAAGGAUCCACAAGCAAUCAAAAAAGCAAUGGUAUAUCCAGAAAGCCUGGAGGCGUUAGAACGAGGAGAAAUGAAAUACAGUGGAUUCGGCAGUGACAACGAAGUGGAUGACGAUGUUGAUGCGGACGUCGACACUGAGUUAGACGCAGACUUUGAAAUGGAUCCUGAAGUGAAGGAGGAAGAAGAAACAGUGAUUGAACAGGAGGUGUCUGACCAGGAGUUGGAGGUAGAGGAAGUGGAGGGUACUGGCAUGGUGGGCGGCACGUACCGACUGCUAGCGACCGGAUCCACGGGGGCUGUAACAUCAUACCUUGCGGAAAUGGACUCUGGCGAUGACGUUAGCGACAUCGAGGUACUGGACCAUUCGUACGAAGAGAUCGACAUCGGUGUUACAAAACGCGUCAAACUAGACCUAUCGCUUACAGAAAAUUAUACGAUUCAUCCAGCGAAGCGGGCCAAGACUAACUUCAUCUACCAACCAGUUACAACGCAAUCGCAUACGAGCAGACGAAAAACCCCUCUCGUCAACAGAGUGGCGCUGGUUUAAAGACUUUAUACUGUAAGAAUUAUGUGUUAUACCGAGAAUAAAACUAAUGUUGUCUAAACAUUAGUCGUAGCUAAGUUUUUCCAGUGAUGGUCCCAAUAGAAAAGUGAAAUAAGUGCAAAAAUUGUGAUCCACCCAUCCGUAGCUGCAAGAAAAACUUUAAUUGGGAGGUGAGUUUAACGCAAUCUUUCAUGUGUUUUAUGACGUAUAUCGUGAAACUAAAUGUCAAUGUGUUAAAUAAUUAGAUGUUAUAGUUAAAAUAAACUUUAACAUUGUAUAACAUGAUCUUUAAGAUAGGGGAGUGUAAGAUUUUUAUUUUAGAUACAGUUUCCUGUAGAUCAAGUCAGGUUUGUUUGAUACGAGGUCUGAAAGUACUAGCCCUAGUUAGUUAUAUCGGAUUCGCGGUUAAAGGCAAGUUAAAACGAAGCGUCAAUACUGCGCACGCGGUGGCUUGACGUGGGACCAAUCACAAUACACGCCCGUAUUUCCAGCCUUGUGAUUGGUCGAACGCAUGCCGCAAACUUGCACGCCACUGCGUACGCAUGUUGUAUACCUUGGUGAAGCCUUCGCUUAAGAGUAAUUAGUGUGUGCGAAUAGUUCAGAUAGUUGAAAUUAACUGCAAAAUUAUUUUUUCUCGAGCACUUGUGUUACUUUAUUCGUUAAAUAUUUCCCGUCUGCUCUUGCGACUCGGUUAACUCGCAAUAACUCGGAGUACCUGAGACUUUCUACAUACGUUCUUAUUUAAUGGCGGGAAAGUUAACUACGAUUGAUAUGGAAUCGAAAGGGCGACAUCUUUUGAUAAUACUGUUAAACAGUUUAACUUAUUAUGAGGCGGCGCAUCGCCAAAGGUUGUGGUGGCGACUGUUUGCCGUAGUUUACGUAUUUAUAUGGAAUAGAAGUCGUGACAGCCUAAAGGUGUUACAAAGAGGUCGCGUCGAGGUUGUGUUGCAAAUGUGCACUCAGUGAAACAGUAUUGUCACUAGAUAGUUCGAUACCAUAUAAAUAGUAGGAAACUUUCACGCGAUCGAAUAAGUAAACGUAGGUAGAAAGUCUUACACUUGGCACUCAGAUAUCAAUGCUACUCCUAGCCAGUUAGUAGCCUGCUAUGCUACAUAUUAUGAGUAGCUUGUAGGACCAAAGCUCCGAUACCAUCUCUCAUAUGAAAGAGAAGACCUGUACCCUGUUGUGGGGUUCAGGAUGUUAUGACUCAUCGCCAGUAACUUUGCCGCCAUUUGGCGCUCAAAAGAAAUAAGAUCUCUAAGCUCUAUUAAUAUAAAAGCAUUGUUUAUGUAUCGUAAUAAAUACGCUUCGCGGGGUCAAAGAAUUUCGGAUAUAAUGGCAAUGUUUCAUGAUGAUCAAUAUCAACAUAGAAAAUUAAAACAAAACCAUUCAAAGCUACUUGUCAAUACGUACAUUCUGUACAAUUCAUUUUUAAUUACCAAAGUUUGGUGCUGGCUGAAAAUGAAUGGAGAUAGUCGUUAUCGAAUUUUGUUUCGAUACAAUUACCUACAAAUACCUCUUAAUUGAGGUGCUUGUAAUAUUAUCACUAUUAUUUGUAAAUUAAAUGAAUUCAUGAAUCGUGAAGUGGCCGAGAGAUAUUCGUAAUACGAUAAAGACGUGUUUACUUAACAUUAAAGCGUUCCCGAAACAGAAGCGGGGGCGGGAGCCAGUUAAAAAACCGAAACAGAGGCGGAAGCGUGUUAAAAACAAACAUAACAGGACGCAAUUUACAGGCAGGCGUGGAGACAUCUCUGCCGUUUCUUAAAAAUCGGGAGUUUUAUGUCGAACCUAUGUCAUCUCCACACAAAACUAACAGAAUCGUGUUGUAGCCUUUACAUCUUCUACUGCCUUUCCUAUUCAGUAACUUUGAUGAUGUAAAUCACUAUCUGCUAACCACUAGACAAACUGCCUCUUGGUCUAGUGUUUUGUGGUCAAAAAUCAGUUGACAACUUGUUUAAGAAGUUCGACAAUCAUAAUCAUAGUAAGUGUAAAAACUGCAUCGGUCACUGAUUUGCCUGUGCUAGGAGACCGCCACCGCUUAUGUUUGGAGUACGCUUCACCGUUUUUUACAAUAGCACGUAGGUAUAUAAGAGAUUUGGGUGAAUCGAUAGUAGUAACUUGUAGCUUAGUUUCCAGUGAUGGCUCCAAUAAUGCUAGACGAUGAUCGAAUAUGAUGAUGAACGUUAGUAAUUAAAAUUAGAAUAAGUAUGUCGUGUGUGGUUUUACUAACUGUUAAAUUGAAAGUGA